AGCAGGUGGGGGAGCAAAAAAAAAAAAAAGAGUGAAAGUGAAGCAAUUCCGACAGCGAGCAUGACGGACGCCGAGGCGCAGAGCGCCCCAGCAGCGGCCCCCCGGGAGGAGGAGCAGGAGGAGGAGAAGCCGGAGAGGAAAGUCAUAGCCACCUUGGUCCAAGGCACAGUGAAGUGGUUCAAUGUGCGUAAUGGAUAUGGCUUCAUAAACAGAAAUGAUACCAAAGAAGACGUGUUUGUUCAUCAGACCGCAAUCAAAAAGAACAAUCCGAGGAAGUUCCUUCGCAGCGUUGGCGACGGGGAGGUGGUAGAGUUCGAUGUGAUUGAAGCCGCCAAGGGCUCCGAAGCAGCCAACGUAACUGGUCCGGGCGGCGUUCCGGUCAAAGGCAGCCGCUACGCGCCCAACAAACGCCGCUUCCGUCGGCGAUUUUUCCCGCGCAGCCCAAGGCCCGGCGAGGAGGGCAAGCCGGCCGACGGCCAGUCGUCCGCGGCUGAGGGCGAGGGAUCGGGAGAGAACGACGCCGUGAGACCUCAGCAGCAGCAACCGCAGCGCCGCCGCAGGCCCCGGAGACCACGGCAGGACGCACAAGAUGGGGAGGCCGGAGAGCCGAAUGACGGCGCGGCGGAGGGCGACCAGACGCAGCGACCGCCGCAGCACAGGUUCUGGCGGCCGUACCGCAGACCUUUCCGUCCGCGCCCGCCUCCCGAUCCGGCUGCGGACGGCCUGCAGCCUGCAGGAGGCCUGCAAGCGGCCAACAGCGAGCAGGCCCCCGCUGCCGCCCAUCAGGAUGCCGACAGCAAGCAGCAGACAACGACGACGACCGGCGGCGGCGAGCGGGCCGUUCCGGAAGAGGUCCAGGAGCAAGGGGAUGUGAGGCAGUCGGAGGCCUCCGAGGGCCCCCAGACCAACGGGGAAGCACCAGAGGGCCAGAAACAACAGCGCCGCCAGUCCAGACGGCGCAGGCAAAGGAACUCUGAGUCCUCAACAUCAAAAAACGAUGCAGAGAAGUCUGCAUCAGAGCCUGGUACCCCCCCUCAGAGCUCCAAACCAGGCGACUUUAAUUCCACAUCAAAAUCUCCAAAGGGCUCUCCCAAAACCUCCCCCGAAACACAGAAAACCCCUGAGCAGCCCGCUGACACGACAGUCGCAGCACCAACGGAGUGACUCCGGCGAGAGGACAGUCUCGUGACCCUUGUUUCGAGGGUUGGAGGACUGGACCCGUUUCAGAAGGCAUGCACUGCUCUCCCCUCUGCACUUCUCCGGCCCCCUCCCAGUCUCUCCCCUCUGGCCUCCUCCCCUCUAGACUCGGAGAGGGCGGAGUAAGGGAAGAAGGGGGAUGCAUGUGGCCGCAUAUUUAGAAAUUGAAAGUACAUCUUUAAAAAGACAAAAGGGACAGAAUGGACAAUCUGCUUGGCAGCCGGGUCAUUCCAGCCCCCCUUUGAAACAAUAUUUUCUUUAAUAUCCUGGAUGGGACACAUCAAGUAAUUUAUAGAGGAACCAGCCUUGAUUUUUAUUUAACUUUUUAAAAUUUGGUUGAAGGGGGGGAACCAAGCAGGUGUGAGGUUGGUGGUGCAUUAUGGGAGUCAGUUUAGUUCUUUUACCACCUCAAUCGAUUCUUGAGACGUACUACUCCCUUCAUCUCCUCAGUUGAGGAAUGUUUGAAAAGAAACUUUAUUUUUCUGUUUUAAUUAUUUGUGUUUGUUUUUUGUUUUUUUUCUUCCGAGGGGAUUAUGUGCAAUGUCGGUAGUAAAAAGGCAAAUGAAUAAAUCCUGUUUGCAAAU